AAUGUACCUGUAUCAGUCAACUUGUCUCAGUAUUUUGGUAAACAUCCAGCUUCCCUGUUAGCCAUCUCUCUUCAGAAAUCAAUUGGCAUCAUGAAGAUUAUCAUCCUCUUGUUUUUAGCUUUUGUGGCAUUUUUGGGAUCCGUGAGAGGAGACCAGGAAGAAGUUCCCAAGGUUAGGAUGAACGGAAGAGUUCGUCUCAACAACCAAGGCUUUACAAACACAAAUGCAGGAAUAGUAGAGGUCUACUUCAGAGGAGGAUGGGGCAUGGUCUGUGCAGACAGUAACGUGGACAUGAAAAUGGCCAACGUAGUAUGCCGUCAGAUGGGAUUCGAUUUGGCAGUAGAACUUGCUCAGCCAGAUGGGUAUUUUGAUGACAGCUUUGAUCCCAAUGAGAAGGUCUGGCACAAUGUGCUAAAGUGCAACGGCGAUGAAGAUACCAUCAGAGAUUGUCAGCUUGUGGGCAGUCUUGGGACACCUGGACAGACUGAAUCUAGCUGCCCUCGAUCAAGCUACGCUGCGGUCGUUUGUGGAGAUAAUAUGCCAGAUGCGGACGUCGUUACGAAAGAAGAUAUGAAAAGUCGAGCGGAAAAAUUUCUUCUUGAACUUCUCCAAGAAGCAAAGAAAUAGAAAUGUUCGCUUGGACAAUAAAUAUAUCGGCCUGCCGGAUUUGACUGAAACCCAAUUAACAUGAAUCAUUUUAAUUGUUAAGUGAGAUAAAAACUUAUAGUAAGGCCUACAUAUUUUUCUUAUAAUCGAUUCAGAUUUGAAAAUCGAGGCGCCAUGGCCGAGUGGUCUAAGGCGCCUGCCAAUACCUGGAAAGUCCAGGGUUCGAUCCCCGGCCGCGGCACCUAUUCCCGUGAGCAAUUAAGGCAUUUAAUCUACAAUGCUCUUUUAUCCUGCUUUCAAAUAAAUAGAAAUGCUAGAUGCAUUAUGGUAACUAAAUGUGCACUUGUAUAAAAAAAUAGAACAUUUCAAUUGUCUUCAUUCCAUAAAGAAAUGUUUUACUCUUUUCAACAACACCCGACUGUAUCCAAUAUCCACUUUUCUUACGCAAUGUCCAAUGUUAAAUUCCUAACCUUGAGCAUUAUCGUUACUCUGCACUGCCAUUACAUAAUCUAUUUUUCACAUUAACUCUAUUUUAACAUUAUAUACAAAGAGAAAGUUUAGCAUCACUUCUACUCGGUCAUGUAGUGAAAGCUUUGAAGAAUUAAAUAUAGAUAGAGCUAGCCACAUGACCUUCAGCUCAUCCAUGAUAAGAAAUAUUCUAUCCGACAUCAUGGUCUUCUGUCGCUUGUGUAGUUUGAGUCAUUUUAGUAUAUGAUUAUCCAAUUUCAAAUAAGAUAUAGGCCUACACUGUAAAAAGCAUUGGUCGAAAUUAGAUUCCUGGUAGAUUUUAAUCAAUAAAUCCGUUAACUAUGAUCAUUUUUCUCAAUCGGACACAUAUUAACCAAGAGAAUCGUCAUUUUGACCAUUUUUUUUAUACCACCACCUUUCAGUUAAAUGUCUAUCAUGACUUUGUUCAAAGGCUAUAUUGUAAUGGAUUUUUAGGGGAUAUGAAGGAAUAAAUUACAGCAAAUAUCAAUA